AUGAAUAUGUUAUCUUUCAACAUCAGAGGAAUUAGAGGGGGGGUUAAAGCUCAGACUUUGAGGGAAUUUAAAAGAGUGAACAACACUGGCAUUAUGGCAAUUCAGGAGACUAAGAUGGAUGUUGUUACGGUGGAUGUCAUAGCUGGGAUUUGGGGCAAUAGAAACUUCGAGUCUGCUAGUGUCGCUGCAGAGGGUCAAUAUGGGGGGUUGCUUUGGAUUUGGGACCCUAGAGUCUUGAAAAUUGAUUCGUCCUAUCAAAAUAGAUCCUUUUUGUGUAUCAGUGGUAUCGUGGUUAGCUGCGGUACUCGGAUCAACCUUAUGAACGUUUCUGCCCCACAAAGUACAGUGGCUGAGAGGAGUUUGUGGUCGGAUAUCUCCAACAUUAUCGACUCGAAGACUGGUCUAUGGGUGCUUGUUGGAGAUUUCAAUGCGGUGAGAUCUAGUGAAGAAAGGAAGCAGUCUAAAUUUAAAUUGGUAUGUGCAAAUAACUUUAAUGAAUUCAUCUUCAAUAAUGGGUUGCUAGAAUACCCGAUGCAGGGGAGGAAAUUUACGUGUUGUAGGGAUAAUGGAAAAAAGCUGAGCAAGCUGGACCGGUUCCUAGUUUGUCCGAAGUUUUUUAAUAAAUGGUCUACGGCGUGUGUCAAGGUUUUACCGUGCUUAGUGUCUGAUCACUACCCUAUUUUGUUAGAGCUCGUUAAGCUCCUGGAUUGGUCAACCGGGUUUCGAGGAAACGGUUCGGGUUGCGGUUGA